AUGUUCGCGACUUCGCCGGGAUCUGGUUACAUCCGGUGCGUUCGCUCAACCCCCUUAGCCACCCACCCGCCUCUUCUCAGGCUGAGCAGAUUUCUCCUCUCCCUCGCUUCCUCGCAUCUGUCUCUUCUCCCUCGUCUCCGCGCGUGCGGGGGGGGCGGGGGAGGGAGGGGAUGCGCGUGCGAGGCGUGCCGCGUGCAGCAUUCCAUCCCCCUCCCGUCGUUCCCCCUCCACGCAUGCUGUCUCCUCGUCCUCGCCUCCCGCGCACCCCCCCAUAGCUGCAUGGAGGGUGUGACAGGCCCCACCGCCCACCCAUUCACCCUCUCAUCUACCCCUCCUCCCAUCCACACACCCAUCCGCCGUCUCCCGUCCCCCCAGCCCAUAGCUGCAUGGAGGGCCCACCGCCCACCCAUUCACCCUCUCAUCUACCCCUCCUCCCAUCCACACACCCAUCCGCCGUCCCCCGUCCCCCCAGCCCAUAGCUGCAUGGAGGGUGUGACAGGCCCUUCCGCCUACCCACCCAUCCACCCACCCAGCCAUCCACCCACCCAUCCACCCACGCAUCCACCCACCCACCCACCCAUCCACCCAUCCAUUCAUCCAUUCAUCCAUUCCUUCAUCCUGCCCCAUUCCUGCCAGCCUGCACGGGUUGCACCUGCACGGGUUGCACCUGCAGAGAUGGAGGCGGAGCCUACACGGAUUACACCUGCAGCGGCCAUCAUGGGCGGCGGAGCCACAGCCGUUGGAUGGCUCAGAGUGUCACCCCUGCGCGGAUUACACCUGCAGUGGCCAUCAUUGGAGGCGGAGCUGCAGCCACUGGAGGGAGUGAAGGGCGUGGUGGAGGUGGUGCGCCCAUCAUGGGAGGCGGAGCUACAGCCACUAGAGGGAGUGACAGGCAUGGUGGAGGUGGUGGUGUUUGACAUGCGCGUGCGGCACAUGAUAGGGUACCGCUGGCGCAACAGCAGCAGCACAGACACGAGUGAGUGGGUGGGUGUGGUUGCUUGUCCCGUUCGCCCAUGCAGACAGCAGGGUGGAGGAGGGCAGCGGGCCGCUCUUCUUCUGCUGUACCAAGGAGUUCUGAGACGUCUUAAAAGCCUAAUCCUCCACCCGCUCUCCCUCACCCCAUGUCAUGCCAUGCCAGCCCCCUUUGCCCAUACAGACAGUGGGGUGGAGGGCAAUGAGGAGGGCAGUGGGCCGCUCUUCUUCUGCUGCACCAAGGAGCUCGAGCCUCUCACUGGCUGCACCGUGGGCCGCCUGAUAGUGAGGCGAGCAGCGCACGAGCCGGAUUGGCCGCAGGUCCUGGAAGCCCAGUUUAUCGGCAACAGCUCGCUCACAGCAACUCUGGAUGCAGAGGUGCACGUACCACGGGCCGGCUUUGUGUAUGUGUGGCUGGCCAUGUGCGAUAAGAACCUGGACAACACCAAGGUGUUUGGCCACACGGAGUGGCGCGCGCACGGGUGGGGGUACUUGCCCGGCAUGCUGUCAGCACACCUUCCGAUACAAACAAGCAUGCUGGUG